UUCGUCGCUGUGAACUGUCGCGCGCAAGAUACAACAAGAUGCCGCCGAUGUCGAUGGCGAAAGCAGUCCAGCUGCAGCUUGCGGCGCGGGAGCGGUGGCUGCACAAAGACGAAGUGCAUUUCUUACUCACGAACUACAGCAUAUGUGGUCUUCCAGUUCAAGUCGCCCCGCAUUGCCGGCCGCCGAGUGGCACUCUGUUUGUGUGCGAUAGCGUGAUGGACUUUAAGAAGGAUGGAUGGACCUGGCAAAAGCAGAAAGGUAGCAAAACCAAGAUCCGCGAAGACCGCGCCAAGCUCGUCGUGACUCGUGACAACGUCGUCCUGGGGGUGUACGUCCACUCGGCCGACAAUCCGUCGUUCCACAGGCGAAGUUAUUCGUUGCGAGAUGAGUCGAAUCGCAUGAUCCUCGUGCAUUACUUGGAUGACGACAGCAAGAAGCAAGCUAUCCCUAGGGAUACGCAAUCCCCCGAGGAGCCCUUUGAAUCGUCCAUCGUGGAUGAUGCAUUGGCUGAUUUCCACCCGGGCGACCCCAAUGAGCACGGCGACGGCGGCGAUGACGACAGCGCCUUCGAUGACCUCCUUCUCGACCACGACAUGCCAGACAUGGAGUACAACAACCACCCGAACCAAGUCCCGCCGCCGCCCCAUCUCAUCAGCCCAAUGUCCAUUCCACUCGUAGAGAUCUCCGACUUUUCGCCGAACUGGGACUUUUGCACAGGCGGCGCAAAGAUCCUCCUUUGUGUCGCAACGCCACCGCCAUACUCGCCGUUGUUUGUGGCGUUUGGCUCGAUGGCAGUCGUUCCAGCCGAGUCGAUUUCACCGACAGUGUUUCGGUGCUGCGCCCCAGCGUCGAGCGCGUCGGGGCCGGUGCCGCUGCGAAUCGCAACAUACGUCGGCCACAAAUUGAUUUUCGUCUCGACGGACGGUCACUUUCUAUUUAAACCCACCACAGCCACCAGUCCAAGUCUCGCAGACAACGCGUUUGCCAUGCGUGGUUCGUUGGAAGCGCUGGAAUGGGAUGCCAGGACACUCCACAUGCCGUUCGAGACUCAGAGCAGCUCGUACAAGCGCGCGCGGAGCGAAAACAACUACGACGGCGUGAGCAACAUGUCGUUCCCGUCCAGCCCAACCAACAGCCUUCGGGGCCUCGACGACCUGGACGAACGGCAGUACAAAAUUCGAGUUGUCGAACGAUUGCACGAGUUUCGAAAAGUGAUUUCGCAGCCAAGCAAUCGAAUCCUGGUUUUGAAUGAAGUCGACUGCGCCACCCACGAGCCAUCGUCGCCUGCCGCGCCUUUGGCUGCGGCCGAUGCCGCGCCGUUGAUGCUCGACGACUCGGCGAUCGCGGCCCUCAGCGAUGUGGAACUCGGCGCAUUGUCGGAACAACUCAUCGAAGAUGUCGUCAAACAGUUGGUGGCGCUGGCAGGAACCUCGUCCGAGCUUCUCGAAGAGCUGAACUCACUCGACGACGCCGGCUUGAGUUUACUCCACUAUGUGUGCUUUUAUAACUGCGGACAGCUCGUGCCGCUACUCUUAUCCCAUGGGGCGAACGUGAACCAGCGAAGUGGCCAAGGCCAAACACCGCUGCAUCUGGCGGCAGGAUGCGGUCACAUGGAGAUUGUGCGGCUGCUCUUGUCGGAGCAGGCGGACUGCGCCAUGUUGGACCUGGAGAAUUUGACCCCUGCCGACCGCGCGGAGCACUAUGGUCACAUGGACAUUGCGCGAUACCUGAGAAGCUUGUCACCGCCGUCGCCACCCCGAUUGUUCAAGUCCUUCGACGACAUGACGGGCAUCGGGGUGCUCUUGGACAGCAUGCCCGGCGACCGCAGCAGCGAUUACAACCGCAACUUUCUCCUUGGGGCGUUUUCCACGAUGAGUUUGCACGACAAGUGCGCCCUUUCUCUUGGCACCAAGCGCAGAGGCAACAGUAUCGGUGGCGACCCCUUCGACGACUAUGCCCCGUCCGACAACGAGCUCGAGGUCAGCAGCGUCAUGACUGACACAGACGAUGGCCGCCUCAUGGCAGCGAUGGAGCUCAUGGGGCCCGACGAGCUGGCGCUGCUGGAGGAGGAGGCGAGGGUGAUUCAAAACAACGUGCGGGCGUGGUUGCUGCGCCGGAGCUACCGGCACAUGCGCGACACAACGCGCAAGAUCAAAGAAGCCACACAAACUCUUGCCAAGCAGAAAAUGGACCGGGAAAAGGCUGCCGUGACAGUGCAAGCCGCCACGCGCAGCAUGAUGGUGCGCCGGAACUUCUUGCACCAACGCAAUACCGCCAUCAAAGUUCAAGCAGCGGCGCGCGGCAUCAUUUGCCGAAAGAAGUUUGCCCAGAUGAAGAAGGACGCGCUUGCGUCGCUGGUGAUUCAGCGGAAUGCGACGGGAAAGCCUCCGACCAAUUGAUGGGACCAACCAUCCGUCAAGUGUACACUAAGGAAAAUGCCAGCAGAAUAAUUGGAGAGGUCUUGUCGGCCGAGUCCGCGG